GCUGCCCGAGCUACGAACGAACCCAAGCGGGCCUACAACGCCUCGCGCCAGUCGGCCCCCAGACCACGCGCAGCAGCGCCCAGGCAGCAGCCCGCGGCGGCAGCGCGGCGGCCCAGCCCGCGCACGGCGAUGCCGCCAACCGCGGCCAAGGAGGGGGCGGACGCCCCGCACCCGCGCAGGCCGCGGCGCCGUGCAGCAGCCACGCCCGCCCCGCGGGCAGGGCGGUGCAGCGGGCCCCGUCGUCGCCGCCGUGCGCGCGGCCAGGCGGCGCCGGCGCUGCGGCAGGGCAGGCGGCGGCUCGGUCCUGCAAGCAGCGGGUGAGUCUUGCGGUCGGCUUUCCUUGCGCUCAGUCCACGCUGUGUCCAGGGGUGUCGCCUCGGCCAGGUGAGCGGCGGAUGUGGUCGUCUGCGAUGUAUUUGCUGAAUCCUGUAACCGCCGCGCCUUCUCAGUUCCCGCGU